AUGGUUUGGCAGCUCGAGGGCCAAGUCGCCAUUGUGACUGGGUGUGCAUCAGGCAUCGGACUCACUACAACGAGGCUCUACCUUGAAGCUGGGGCGACAGUUUUUGGCAUCAACAUCUCCCCCUUUCCCGAUCCAUCUCCUCUUUCAGAAGAGAUCUCUGCAAAUUUCCACUUCCACAGAGCUGAUUUGACCGCUCCUGGCGCCUGCGAUGAGUCAGCGGCGGCUUGUGUGUCAAAGACCGGGAGGAAGGUUGAUGUUCUUGCCAACGUCGCCGGCAUCAUGGACGCAUUUGAGGCUAUCCAUAACCUCAAGGAUACGACUUGGGAGAGUAGUGAUGAGUGUCAAUACAACAGUACCCAUGAGACUGAUGAGAGCUACUUUGACUACUGGAGGAAUGCUCGAACAAAAGUCGGGCCGAAUUAUGAACGUUGCCAGUGA